AUGGCCCUAAGGUUGUGGACUUGCUAUAGGAAUAAAUUUUCCGGAAUUGAAUGGCAAUUCUCGGAACUGGCUUCGGGCAUAAAAAGGCUUUUGAACGAAAGAACGGAACCUGAAAGAAGUGAUAGCAUGGAAAGCAGACAGGAAGGAGAUAGUGAGGAAUUCCUUUCGAAAAAGGAAUUCUGUCAGUCCCUGGAGAAACGUAGACUUCUCGAUUUACUUUCUUCAGGUGAGCCUGAGCAGAUUGGAUUCACUUUCGAUUGGUACAGGCACAGUAUCUAA